AUGUCUGCCUCAUCGUUUGUCUGGCUUUCUGUAGCCCUGUAUUGGGCCCUCAUCCUGUCUGGUCGGGCCCUGGCACCGAGACGCUCUGGUUGGUGUUCGACCAGUCACAGCACUCCAAAACAGCCAAUCAGCUUCAAGGCGGAAGCAGCUUGUCCUCGUCUGAGACGGUUGGACGACUGCCCCGGCGUUAGCUGCACGUGCACGCUUUCCAUCCGGCUGCCAACAUGCCCCAGCUUUUUUCAUUCUGUAGGGGGUGGAGUACUCUCUCCUAGAACAUGACUUCAUUUUACUUACUCGGGACCUGGUUUGAAGGUCGUAGUGUUUAGAGCGCGCAUAUUCCAGCCUUCAUUGCCGAGGGUUCGCUCUCGACCGAAUAGUCUGGCUUGCAUGCUACUCGACUGUACCGUUGGACGAGAGUUACGAGUCCCGUAACGCAAAUCUUUGUAUAGUGUUCGGUCAUAUUGAAUUCUUAAGCGAAGACACGUCCCAAAUAACCAUCUGGACUAAUUCUCCCGGAAUGCCUCUCUUGAUGCUAUGAUCGGUAUAAGAGAACUGCAAGACAGCCCCGACGAACAAACUUAUUUAGUAGGGCUCAACGGUCGCCAUGUUGUAGUGCCAUGAAUGGACUUCGCGAUAUUUUGCAAGACAGUUGGCGUGCACGUCACAGUCCUGUAGAACCUCGGGUGCAUGACAACCACAACAGAUAAAAAAGUGUAUCAUUUUACAGGCGGGAAAGUGUGUUUCCAUCGAAAAGGCAAGAUGGGCUACGCCGAACAGUCGGAACUUUUUAGGGUGACAAGAUACCAUACUAGAAGCGUAGGUACUCACUAAAAGCCCAGAAACGCGUUUUUCGCCGAUAUUCUGCCGCUGCAUGGCACAGUUGCGAGGGGUUCGGCUCUUCGGUAAGUAUAUACUGAUAUACUCCACGUUUAAGGUUAAUUUCUGGGGGAAUUAAAAGGCAACAACAGUCUGUAUUCGUUAGUUAAGAGAUAAUUGCUGGCCGCACUCUUUUUUUUCAUCGAAACCCAAAUCGGCUCUCUGGGCAUCCAGAACUGGCAUAGACUGUGACUCACCAGAGGGCGGUUGAAUGGGACGCCAUGAUGGGGGUGCGAAUGGUUUUAUGCUCUUUCUUCAGUCGACAGUCGGCGUCUCCAUCCUAACCUGAGGUGUACCGGCCAGAGAUUCUAUGGUUUGCGGGCAGCAUUCGCCAUGACACAAUACUGCUAUUGCCCGUGGCUUUUCGAUGGAUGACCAGUUGUUGCAGAUCAUUGACUGCCAAUAGAGGCGAAGAGACGAGUCCCAUGAAGCGGUUUUAAAGGAGGAGACUCGAUCGCUGCGACAAGAGCUUUAUUAGCCUGACGUUUCGGAUUUCUGCUCGAACCCAUCAUCAGAAACAAAAGCAAAUAAGGGUAGUUCAUACACAAGGCUCUGUAGUCGCCAUGCUGCCACAUACCUAUGAAUGUUUGCGGCUCACCCCCUUCGUCAGGGAUCGUUGCGCGUGGUGUGUGACUGUUUGAUAGCCGGAAUUCGCGUCGUUAAUUGCUGCAAUCUCAUCACGUGCGUUGGGUGUCGGUGUGAUGAUUGCUCGACCAUCUGACGCACCGAUCCUAAUGUUGGGAAAAGUGUUCACCUGUGCGCUUCCCGCGUGGCCAAUUACUCCGCCUAGACAAAGUCUCAGAACCGAAUAUGGAAAGGGAAGGUCAUUGCACUUGUUGAUGGACUGGGGGCCGGAGAACCAUGAUUUAAGUAGCUCCCGGCUCACGCGGUGAUCACCUCUAGCGGGAAUUGCGGCCUCAUCGAAUUCGAACGUGUGGCCGGAUCUCGUCGAAGGUGCCGCAACUUUAGAGCUGGCGUCGUUUCUCCGCACCGCUGCAGCGUACUCGGCCAUUCGCGUUCGGAGCUGCCUUUCAGUUUCUCCGACGUAGGUAUGCGGUGGCAUUGCGACUGCAUCCUUUAAAUACUGCAGCCCCUUGUGCAUGCACCACCCUUAUCUGCUUUUGUCUCUGAUGAUGGGCUCGAGCAGGAAUCCGAAACGUCAGGCUAAUAAAGCUCUUGUCCCAGCGAUCGUGUCUCUCCUUCUUCAGGGUCAUUGACUGUUUAUUCGGCAGGUGAGUAGAUUUGCCUGUUCAACUAUUUGCCCUCUCCGGAGGCCGUACCCGCUACUCCAUGUCCAGUCUCGAAGAGUUUGCGCAAAAAUAAAAAAAAUUCUAAGGGGGAAUGAGAUGUCGAAGUAGGCUCGGCGUGGAACGGAUUUAAUCACUUACUCUCCUCCUGCACUCAGGACAUGGUCCCGAUCGAGAUAAUCCCAAUGAGAGGUCAAUCCAGACUAAAGAUCCCCAGGCUUUAGGGCUUACUCAUUUCGUAGUUGUGAUUCUGAUUUUAUCGCCCUCCUUCACCCAGUUGGUCUCAUUUUAAUAACAAUCUGUUUACAGGUACCUCAGACCACUUAUACUGCGAGAUCCGAACAAGCACGAAGAAAUUACUGAUGUCUACACAGAAAUUGCUCUUGCACUGCAUCACGCCAGUGUCGCCAGUGACAAGAAGGACGUUCAUCACCACUUGCGCAGGCUUCGACCCCAGCUGAAGAAGGUCUUCUACUACCAGCACGCAGUUGGGUCGCACCUGUUUGCUCUCCCAAACUCUCAAAUCUCACUGCAUCAUCUGGACCUGCUGUCCGGAGAGGUGACUCACGGCUCCACCGGCUCCAGUCCCGGAUGCGCUGACAGUAUCGCAACUGAGCAACAGGGCGGAGCGAAAACUGACGGCGGUUCUCCUCGGUCGGAAAGCAGUAGUCAUGAGGGACCCGUCUCGUACCACACAGCCAAUGGCGGAGAUGAGGGCGCACCCCAUUCAGAGGCUCCGUCAUUUGUCUCUGCCAGACCGCGUCGAUGCCUUAAUUGCGCCAGGGCCUGCGGUACCUCGGUAAGCACUUGA